UCCUCCUCCUCCGCGGCGGCGGCGCCGGGCAGAUGCGGCGGAUCGCGGGGCGGCUGUGGCCCGCAGCGGGCUCCCGUCCCCCCGCCGCCCGCAUGGACGGCAGCGGGGGCAGCCGCAGCAGCAGCCGCGCGUAGCUCGUGUCUGCAAACCUUGGGACAGGAAAAAUGUCUUGCAAAAGAGGUGGAGAAAUAUAACCAGGAUUCCUUGUGGUGUCUUAACUUCCCUCGGACUUCUUACAGCCUCACCCAGCAUUCUAAUUCCAUCCCCCACGGCAGGUGAAGUUAUGAGAAGAUGCUUUCUAGAUGCUGCUGAAGGCAUAUGGAAAUUGUGAGGAGUAGGUAGCAGUGCUGUCCUCUGAGGAAUGCCUCUUCUCUUACAGCAGGAAGGCAUGCCCCAAACGCUGACUUCUACCAGUAUGUUUACCCCAUGUGGCUUCAGCCCUCAUCUACAUACUUCAAAAGAAGGUGAACAAGGAGGACUGAUCUUCCAGGAUGGAAACCUUACCUCAGCAUCUCUGGAUGCUCUAAUCCAGCAUCUGAUACCUACCACUGAUUACUACCCUGAAAAAGCCUAUAUCUUUACAUUCCUGCUGAGUUCCAGACUCUUCAUCGAACCCCAUGAGCUUUUGUCCCGAGUUUGUCACAAGUGCAUUGAGCAGCAGCGGCUGGAUGACCCCGUGCUGGACAAGGCUCGAAUCAGAAAAUUUGGACCCAAAAUCCUACAAUUGCUGACAGAGUGGACAGAGACAUUCCCCUAUGACUUUCAGGAAGAGCGGAUGAUUGGCCAUCUCAAAGACAUGAUUCACAGGAUAGCUCCAUGUGACGAGGCUUACUGGAAAAAGAUGAAUCAGCUUUUGCAAGCCCUGAAUCAGAAGCUUGCAACCCUCAGCCAUGGGCAAGAAGGGAUUGUCAAGAUCAGUACUGCUGUCUCUGAUAAGCUGGUUGCCUUUAAAACUAAACCUCCAUCAAUUCAGAGAGAAAUCCUGAGCGUCUGCAGUGACCCUUACACCCUGGCUCAGCAGCUGACACAUGUGGAGCUGGAAAGACUAAGUCACAUUGGACCUGAGGAGUUUGUGCAGGCAUUUGUACAUAAGGACCCUCUGGACAGCACCAAGACUUGUUUCAGUGAACAGAAGAAGACAAGUAACCUUGAGGCCUAUGUGAAAUGGUUCAAUAGACUCUGCUAUCUCGUAGCAACAGAAAUUUGCAUGCCUGCAAAAAAGAAACAGCGAGCCCAAGUCAUCGAAUUCUUCAUCGACGUUGCCCGAGAGUGCUUUAACAUAGGGAAUUUUAAUUCACUGAUGGCAAUCAUUUCUGGAAUGAAUAUGAGUCCCGUUUCCAGGCUAAAGAAGACUUGGUCAAAAGUGAAAACAGCCAAAUUUUUCAUUCUGGAGCACCAGAUGGACCCUACUGGCAACUUCUACAACUACCGGACAGCACUGCGGGGGGCUGCCCACAGGUCCCUCACCGCACACAGCAACAGGGAGAAGAUUGUGAUCCCCUUCUUCAGCCUAUUGAUCAAAGACAUUUAUUUUUUGAAUGAGGGAUGUGCUAAUCGCCUUCCAAAUGGACACGUCAACUUUGAAAAAUUCCUGGAACUGGCUAAGCAAGUAGGAGAGUUUAUAACAUGGAAACAAGUGGAGUGUCCAUUUGAGCAAGAUCCUAACAUCAUCCACUACUUGCACACUGCUCCCAUUUUUACUGAAGAUGGUUUGUAUCUGGCUUCCUAUGAAAGUGAAAGCCCAGAAAACCAGACAGAAAAAGACAGGUGGAAAUCCUUAAGAUCCACAAUUUUAGGAAAGACUUGAAGAUUGAGAGAUUAUUGCAGUAGGUCAAGGAAAAGAAAUCCGCAAACAUUUUGCACUACUGAUUCCAAAGAUGCCUGUUUGGGAUUUAGACAAUUUCUUUUGUUUGAGGUUUUUUUGGGGUUUUUUUGACUGCCUAACAUGAUGGAUGAACUGGAUUCAUCCACUGAAAUCAACAGAACUGUGUGCACAGUGAUGCUUUUCUAUGUAUGAGACAGAGAGAGGAAGGACAAACAGACUAUUUGUGGCUGUGCCCAAACUGCGUCAGGAUCGCUGUAAUUUCGCCUCUGAAGGAAAAUGCAAGAAAACCAGGAGCAGGGAGAAUCAUGGUACUGCAACAGAGAAUGGAAAAGUACAAAAAAGGAAAGUAAAAAUACACAAGAGUAUUUCAGAAGCAGGUGCUUCAGACAGCAGUUCUUUAAACCUUUGAGGAUUGUAAAAUUAAAUCAAAGACAACAGCAAUCUGGUUAAUUGCUGAAUGAAGAAAAAAGAACUUAACCUUGCAUUAGCAGUCCCCCAGCCUUGUUGAACAAAGCACUGACUGCUGCAGGUUGGAGCUUGCAGGGACAAGGACUGACACCGCUCACAGACACGUCUGUCACAUGUAGGCCACGUCAGCAUGGGAACAUUGUCCUGACCCCAGGGAUUUUUACAGAGAACAUUCUGGAGUGUGACUCUUGCUUAGUUAAUCUUCCCAGCGCUGUUGUUGCUUUCCUUACUGUGAAUCUGGGCCGGUCUGAGGAGGGCACAAAGGGCUGAUGGUGCUGCUUAAAGACACCCCCACCACUUCUGAGGUUGAAUGAAGAAGCAAAUAACUCUGGGCUCAAUUUACCUCUAUUUAAUGUAUGUAGUGUAUUCCCUAAAUUUAUUGAUGCUGAGUUGCAUCUUUUAAGGGUUUUAUCGCACUCAAAGAAAAAAAGUACUGCAUUACCAUUUCUAUCAGGUUCCAAUUAACACAGUACUGCUUAUUUUGUAACAUGAUACUUAGGAGGAUGGGGGGUAAUUGCUCUGAACUUGGGAACUACAUGGUAUGCUUUAAGAAGACAAAGGGUUUCAGACUGGAAUGAAUGCACUAAAGAAUUUGUCAUUCAUUAACAGAUAACCAUUUUUGUCUUUUUUACUUUUAGGAUGUAAAGUUCACAGUUUCCUUACAGAUAACAUGAAAUAGGACUAUGUCUUGUGUUUAAAGUUGUACAAUAAUCAAGGUGCUACUGUAAUAGAUACAUUAAAUGAUAAUGAACCAUAUUAGAUUCAAAACUAAGCCCUAACAGUAGACUUAUUGUUGUGUGUGGAAGGAAUGUUCCUAACUGCCCCAGAAAAUAUCUCAAAAAGCUUAAAUGAAACCUAAAUGCCACAUCAUACUGAACUUUGCAUUUUUAUUACUGACUUGGUGCUACCUUUUCAGAUGUUCCAGUCCUUCUCUCCCUACAACAGAAGGAUGCAACCCUUUCUUUGAAAUCAGUAACAAUUUUAUUUCAGCAUAAAGUGAUUCCAAGUGGCUGUGGUGUUUUGAAAAGUUAGGGUAAUUACAAAACCUGGCUGUGUUGGCCUAUUCAGACAGAAAACUGGAACUGUUCCUGCCCUCUGCCAGUCCUCAAAGUUGUCCGUGCCUGAGUGAGCUGUUGACCUGGAGGCAUGGGCAAUGGGAAUGCUCUGUGUGGCACUCUCCAGGUUUGAUGUGUCUGCAGAGCAGUUCUGUGUUGGGUUAUGGCCUGUGGGAGCCCAGUCUGGCUCACUGAAUCCACUUACGAACUGAGCAGGAUGGAUUCUUCUGCAUUUGCAAACAAGGCUUGAGGCAGAACUUCAGGUCUCCUUCUCCUGUAGAUCUAUCAGCACGUGAAUUCAGACAGGGGACAUAAAACUCUGAUGUGUUUAUUUGUGCUUUGUAUGGAAGAACUAAGUGUCAGGAUGGUACAGCAUCAUUGCAGCCAUGGAAUGAUGACUGUUCUGCUGAUACUGUGAAUCUGCUGUUGGUUAAUUUUUGUACACGAGCUGAGAGCUGCACAGAGAAACUAUACACAUAUUCCUUCAGGCAGAACCAUUUCCAAAAUGAAGCCAUUAUAAGCCUGUUAAAUUUCAGAUGAAUCCAGAGCAAUAACCAUAAACGUAUCUACAACAAUGCUAAUGUUUAAAUGUGUUUCCUAAAUGGUAAUUUUUUCUUACUAUCUGCAUAUUUUUAACAGGCACAGUGUGACUUCACAGUGGAGAUAUGGGGGUUUUGCUAACCUGAAACCCAGUGCAGGUGGAUGGGCCCUUUCUUCUUGCUUUUUAAAACUGAAAUCCUCACUCCUUUUCUAAUAAGCCACUAGAGGUUGGUAUAGAUGAGAUUAUAAAACUGUGACUAUUAAUUAAAAUAUGAUUUCUCAUUAUAAUUCCUUAUAUUUUGGGGCACUUUCCAUGAAUUUGGGCAAUUUUGUAAGUACAAGUUAAAUUAGAUCUCCUAAAGUUUAUCACCGUUGCAAACGAAACCACAUUUGUAGUCCAAAACUUUCAGACCUCAGUGCUUAAAAUGGAAGCAUAAAGGUCAGACCUAGGUGGAUAUUAAGGGCUUAGUGGGACUGUCGGAAGCACUAAAUUAUUUUUAAGCCUUUAUGUAGUCACACAUUUAAAAGGUCAUUUUUCAGAGGUGCUAAACAUCCUAAUCUCUUGGGGAGUAGUGAAGCAAUUCUUGCUUUAUAGAGGUGCAUGGCACAUUAAUCUGUAGUGUCUGAUCUCUAGAGACAUUCACUGCUCUUUGCAGCAGGACUUGGAGAUGAGAGUGCAAAACAACUUAAGAUGAGAAGACAGUGCUUUUAAAAAACAGACUUCAGGAGACAUAGCUUGUCUUCACAGAAUUUUGUAGCUAAAUCCUAUAUAAAGAGAAGCAAUGUAAGCCUUAAGUUGCAUCUGUCAGUUGCAUUUCUAUUUGAUCUCUGGUCUAACCAGUGUGAACAGCUCCUGGCAGGAGCGGGGUUAGAACUUUGCUUCGCCAACAGCACCUGAAAACAAAGAAUGACAAUUGAAAACAGAAUGACAAUUUGGGCAAUAAAUUUCUUCUAAAAAUGUAUUUAUAUUACAUGAAAAUGAGAAUAUAUACAUAUCCAGUAAUCCAUUCUUCUUGCUAUAAAGCCAUAAAGAACUCCUGCCAUGAUGAAAAGAAAGGAUCACUUCCCACCAAGCACUAGACUACUGUAAGCAGUGCAGUCAUUAGACCAACAUCUAGACAAGUUACUUUUAGUAAUGCUGUGACUUUCUAAUUCUGCUUCUCUGAGUGGAUUCACUCCCUGGCAGCUGCUUGAACUAAUGCUGCACAGAGAACAGAGCAAAGCUAGACCUGUAGGUCUGCAGUGUUGGUAUCAAACCCCUAAGCUUGUAAGAUGUGAAUAUGACACAGUCUUGCAGAAGCAUUAACUUAGUUUCUGGUAUACAGCAGUAUUUUAAAAGACCCAGAUACAUUAAAUCACUUCUGCACCUCCUCCACUGCAUUCAGAAUGGUAGCAAAAGUCCCAUUUUUCCAUUUCUUGAGUGUGCCAUCCUGCAAUGUGGGGAUAGGUAUAAAGCUCAGUGAAAGCAAGGAGGGAAUUGUGUGCCUUCAGCUUGUGUGAAGUCAGUAGAUGAACUUGCUCAAUGCCUUUCAGAAGACACUUAUGUUGCCCUCAAUUUCAAAUCUGCAUUGAUCACGUUACUGAAUUAAAGGUGCAUGGAUAUAGGGCAGCUGGGCACAACUAAAUUUUCAGGACAGAAACUCGAAAUGAGUCAAGCACUCAAGAAUCCUGUGCACCAGAGUACCCUGGUCAGACUGCCGUUAUUCCCCCUCUUAGGCAAUGAACACAAUCCUGUUGUACAUCUCUGGAAGCUCCACGUGUGGAUAGAGCAAACUUGGAUCUCGGCUUCUGCUGAGGUGUCACUUUAAAAAAGUGUGGACAGCUGCUAAAGCACUUCAAAUUAGAAACAAUUUAAAUGUAGAGAUAUUUUUCUGAGCUCAAGAAUAUUUUAUGAUGUGGUCAGUAGUGAUAAGAUAAUCACUCAAUUAAAAUUAAGCCUGUCCCUUCCUGAUAUCUUGGCUAUUUCAUCUCGUUUUAUUGCAAUAGUAUAAUGCACCUUUUUUUAAAGCACAUGAGCACUGCUUUGCACAUGACUGUAAAUCCAGUUUAGAAAGAGCUCAGAUCACUGAAUAUGUAAUUGGAAUUAUCAACUAAAAAGACAUGUUAGUAGAAAAAAUAGUUGUGCAUGUCAAUGUAAAAAUGUUACACAGUUAACAGUCUCUGGCCUAGCAAUGACUGUGUUCCAUGGAAUGAGACUGAUUCCAAGCACAGCAAUGUGCCAGAGGAAAAACUCCAAUUAAUUCUGAUGGGCUUUGGAGCAGUCUUGCAAUUAUUAACUGUAGUACAGUUUUUAGUUAUUCAUAGGUAUUAAACUGCCAGCUGGUGGAGUCUCUGUGCCAGGUGCAACUCUCAGAUGGGAGAUGCGCUUAAUAGGGUGAAAGUCCAGCCUUAGCAAAAGUUUUAUUUGACAGUGUUGAAGUUUCAGCAGCAAAUUCAAAGGCUACAUCUGAUCCAACAAAUUAAUUCAUGUCUGAGAGCAAAAUUUGACUUUCUGGCUUUAAGAACCUUUUUCUCUUUUUAUACUAGUAGAAAUUAGCCAUACUUUCUAAAAUUACUCUCUCAUUGGUCAUUAAACCCCCUUUGAUUGUGAACUGAUUAUUUCCAUUGUUGCAGUUGCAGAAUGGGGUUAGGGAGUGACAAAGAAACAAAAAAAGGCCCCUUUGUUACUGCUCAGAGACUCAACUGUGGGCCAAAGAUGUCUUUUAUCCUUUCUAACAUCACCUGUGCAAUGGAAUUCCCUCUGUAGGUGGUGCAGGGCAUUCCUGAAGUGUGGGUACCCAGCUCUCGGGAUGAUCUCAAAGCUCAGUGCACAUUCACAUCUGAGCCUUCACUCUGCUUUCUGAUGCUGGGACACAUCCCUUUUGAAGGAGAGAAAGUUCUUGGAAGUUCACCUGAAGCAAAACCUACUAUACUUCCUUACCCACCCAACAGAAUGAUUACAAGAAGAUUCUUUGAACUAAAAGAAGUUUUCUCUAGUGGACUUGAAACAGUAAAGAAUUUGUUACUUAGGUGACAGAGAUUUUAAGAUCUAAGAAAAAUAAGUAUUUUUAAAAUUAUUAGAAAUACUUCGAUGGUUGUUAACUUUCAUAUUUCACUGCAUGGUGGCAGAGUGGAAAAAAAUAUCUUCUAUUAAUACCAAUGGCAGCUGGGCAGGUGAAGGCAGGAGAAAAUACAGUGAAAUACUGGUGCAGAAAAUGUUACCAAUAAUUUUGUUUUAAUAUUGGCUAGGGUGUUUCCCAUCCCCCGAAACCACUGCUCCCUACUCUGAGGAACAGCUGAACCAGUUACAUUUUUAGAUGGAACAGAUCUAAAGUUUAAUCUGGUUUGUAUUAAUUUCUUUUACAUUUCUUUCUGCACAUUUUCAGAUAAACAAAAAAUACUAAAUACACUAAAGCUAAUGCUCAUACAAGGCAUUACAUCCUGCAUUGUUACAUUGUGCAAGCGUAGCUAGGGAGCAGAUAGCUUGUACGGUGGUGUUUCAUACACUCUGCACGGCUGUAAGACACUGAAAUUCAGGCUGCAGCCUCAGCUCAGAAAGAAGCUGAGUGUGAGUCACUCCUGCCGGGCUCCCCUGCCCUGCUCCGUGGCCAGCACAGGCUGCAGUGCUGCAAAUUCACAGUGGCUUAGACCGCUCACUCCUCCCUUGAUGCCUUUCCCUCCGCAGAUGUGGUAUUUUGCUCCAUAAACAGCUCUUGCAAAAUGCCAAAGGAACAUUUUUCUAGCUCUCUGCCAUAUAAAGGCUCUGUAUUCAUACUCCAGAUCUGUCAAAACAGAAUAGGAGUCCUUCUCUCUUUUCAUCCCCAUGGCCUUAAAACUGCCAACCCAGAUUAAUAUUACAGUGUAGCAAUGUUUUCAGGCCUCCUAGAAUGCAGAAGACUUAGUAGUUCAGAGCUCAGGAGUCCUACAAGUUAAAUGUUUGUAAAGGAACCUUCUUUCUAAAAGGUGUAAAGCCCCAUCUGAUGGAAUUUUGAACAGAAAAUUACAUAUUCCCGCUACCUUUCAUAGCUUCCUCAGUGAACUAUUACUGGUCAGUAUUAUAUCACUGCUUUCAUUAUUGAAUUAUGCUCCCAAAAUUCCAGUCUUUCUGAAAUGAAUAUAUGAUGUUUUUUUGAUGAUGUGGGCAAACAGAAUAGAGAAAAUGGGGCUGUAGUUUAGGCUGUUGACAUCAUCUGUGUUUCUUUAGCAGCCCAAGCUGGGUUAUCACUUACUGUCUGUCCUUGCCUUGAACCACAAGGAAUUAUUCCAAUACAAUUGUCCAAAUUAUUAAAACUUAGUGAAAGAUGCUCAUGCAGAGCUAUUAAAUUAGAUUGUUUCAAAGUCUGGUUCUUACAAAUGUACAAGUACUUCCCUUAGGGGUCUGUCUGUAAAAACACCAUUACUAGUACAUAACAUAUAUGGAAAACAAAUUAUCCUCUGGGUUCCAGAGAUCUUAGCGAGCGUUCAUCAGCUUAUAAAGGUGAAAAGUUGGAUUUUCAGAAUUUUUUUUCACUUUUAGCCACAGCGACUAUGAACUAUCUAAACUCCAAGAUCAUAGUCUUCUAAAACUAUUAGAAUGAUACUAUUUAGUCACAGACCUGAAAGCACAGAGUAAAAAUGGGUAAGCAGAACUAUCUUUAUUUUCAGACUGAGACACUCAAAGGUUGCAUGACAGGCCCAGGACUACCUGGGGAGAAUGUCCUUUCAAAAAAUUACCCAAAAAGAUAUCCAAAUUUUAGUUUUACAUUUCUUCUGGUGUUAGUCCUUUUUACAGCUGUGCUUAGAUAAAUGGGAACUAAAUUAUCACUUUAGGUUUUAAAAAUAAUGAAGCUAAAAAAUAAAUAUUACUUAAAAGAGUGGUAUGUGUUAAUCAUGUGCGUGAUAGCAAUGAGGAACUGUGCUUUUCCUGUAUCUUCUUCAUUAAAUUAAAAAAAUUCAUGUUGUGAUUAGCAUUUUCAGGUCAAAUUGAAAUCUAUCUACC